CUGAUUUUUCAAAAGUAGAUCGCCAAGCCUUUCUUCCGAGGUGCCUCAGGGUGGAUUCGAACCUCCAACCUUUCAGUUAGGAGCCGAGUGUGUUAAUCACUUGUGCCACCCAGGGACUCCAAGUAGACGAUGGUCCAUCCCAACAACGGACUGCCAAAUAGCAACAUAAUUGCAAAUUUAGACAAUCAGUACCAGAGCACCCUGGAAGUGGAUCCAUCUUGGUGAACAUGUGCGCAUUAAAAGUUCUUGAAGGGUGCACCCCAAAUCUUGAACAAGGCACUCGCUGGUGGGUGGGGUGAGGGAGAAAAGGAGAAGGAUGUUUCCUAAUGAAUAUGCUUCCACAGUAUUUAAAUGUAUUACUGUAUUCCUUUUGUAAUUACUUUUUUCUUAAGUUGUUAUUAGAUGUAACAAAACGUUUGACACUUUGACGAUGUUCACAAGCACGGUUCCACGGCAUUGUGCUCCUCCUGAGUUCAGCCAUCACCAUCCUCCAUUCCCACGUGUUUCCAUCACCCUUAACAGAAGGUCAGCGUCCUCUAAGCAAUGACUUCCUUUUCCCUGGCCCUCCCACCUGCCCGUAGAAAUCACUAAUAAACUUGGAUCUCUAUAAACUGGCGUCUUCUAAACAUUUCAUUCUAAUGACUUUUGCUUGUACCUUGGUGGCAAAAUGGUGAAGCACUCGGUCGGUAACCCUAAGGUCAGCUGUUUCAAACCACCAGCGGCUCUGCAAGAGAAAAGACCUGGUGAUCUGCUCCCAUAAAUAUGACAGCCUAGAAAACCCUGUGGGACACUUCUACUCUGUCACAUGGGGGCGCUAGGAGUCAGAAUCACCUCUAGGGAACCCAACAACAACAAUGUAGCAUGUGGCAAUGAUGUAGCAUGUAUCAGAACUUCAUGUCUCCUUAUGGCUGAGUGAUAGUCCAUUGUACGGAUGUACCACGUUGUGUUUAUCCAUCUGUUGACGGACGUUUCGGUUUUUCCACUUUCUCUCUCUCUCUCUUUAAAAGAGAGCUUUAAGGAUAAGGAAAGAGAUUCAGGGAAAAGGCUCGGAAACAGACCCCUAGGUAGCAGAAAUCUAGGUGCUACGGAAGACUCGAGACGUCAACUCUCCCUGCACCCCGUUUAUAAAUAUUGAGGGGUACAGGGAGCAACGGAGAGAGGCUGAAUAUAUAACACAUAGCAAGUUUAAGGCUGAGCUGAGCUUAGGAAAAUACUGUUCUCCUGUGACUUUUAAAAGUAUGUAUUAAAUGUUUGAGUUGGAUUCCGACCCUUUAAAAAGGAAAUUGAUUUCCCAAGCCCUGCGUCAUUUCUGGAUAUUCUGAAGGAACGUAAAAACACAGCGGGAGGGAGGCGUUAAGACAGAUAACUGGCAAGGAGGUCUCUGCUCAGAUUAGAGCCGUCACCUGCAUGGAUGACAGGUCAGAGCGCUGAAGAAAUGCAGAUUUCACAAAAGGAAGCAGCUGCCGCUAAGGGGGUUUUACUUUCCCAGCGGGCAUCCGGUUUGGGGCGGUGAUAAGGAGAAGCCACAGCCACGUCUUUCAAAGAACUUCCCUUUGGCCAAGGAAGCUUGUGAAAAACAACGUUCCCCGAAAUGCAGAAGCCCUUGACAUUGCUGGGGCUGUGACCUCGGAUACGUCACGUCACAACGCUGAAAGCCAGCCUGUGCGGAUGGCACCUGUGAUAAGGAGAAGGGGCCGAAUGACGGGGCGACGCCCUCAGCGAGGUUUCACAAACCUCGCUCUGAGAACCAAGGAUACGUUUCCCUUGGCAACACCAGCUCUGGCUCCGUGGGUAAGCUUAGACCCGGGAGCCUCUGUUGACUCGGGUAAAUUUAACCCAAAUCAGAACUUGGGGAGUCUGCCAAGGCCGUGGCAGUUGUUGGAAGGUUCAGAAUGGAGGGCUCGUUGGUGUGCAGAGGGGGUUGGGGACCCGCAUGAUAGCCGAGCCCCUGAUUCUGGGGAUGAGUGAGCGUCGGAGAAGGAAAAGAAAGUAAGCCCAUUUCCCUGCGGGAGCGGAACCCACCAUGUCCGUUAUCUGGCUUUCAGUGUUUCUGAUGCCGGUCAGCUGCCUGCUGGAAAGGGACCCCGAUCCAAAUGCGCCAAUUAGCAACAUCAGGGUGGAUCCGAGACGGGGAAGAGUGUCCUGGGACCUCAACGGAAGCGUCGCUGAAAUUACGUGCUCCAUAGGCUCAGUUUAUACCAGCAAGGCAAACAACAACACCUACUGCCAGUUUUAUGCAUUUUCUCUGUGCAAAACGACCAACUAUACCAUAAGAGUGACAAGUGGCCCGCCCUUCUCCACUCUGCUUCAGUAUCCUAAGCCAGAUGGGAAGCCGGGGGCAGCUGCGGAAAAUCUGACCUGCUGGAUCCAUGAUGUGGACUUUCUGGAAUGCAGCUGGGCUGUGGGCAGAGCGGCCCCCUGGGACGUCCAGUAUCACCUGUACCUUAUCCAACCCGAUACCUAUGAAGAAUGGGAAUGCGUGCAUUAUACCACGGAUACGCAGGGAAGACGCACUGGCUGUUGUUUUGACGACAUCUCUGGACUGAAAAAUCAUCACUACCACUUCCUGGUGAAUGGAACUAGCGAGGCCUCCAGAAUCCCGUGCACCGAGAUCUUUGCCACUUUAUCAGAGAUUGAGAUACUGGCUCCACCCAGCAUCAGUGGGACGUGCAAUAAGUCAUACUCCCUUAUGGAGUGGAAAAUGUCGAGCCACUUCAGUUCCGACUUUGUCUAUGAGCUUCAGAUAUACAAGGGUGCAGAUCCCACCCACCUAGACACGCACACUGUGAUAGACAAAAACUCCUACGAGCUUGUGAAUCCCGGGACGUACACGGCAAGGAUCCGAGGCAAGAACAACCUGGGCUACUUUGGGGAGACGUGGAGCAGCUGGAGCCCACCCCGGAGUUUUGAGUGUGACAACGACAGGAGUCUCGGGGCCUGGCCAAUGAUGCUGUCCAUAGUGCUGGGGACACUCCUCACCGUCCUGCUCGUGGUGCUGCUCUGCAGGAGGUUCUCUGUGGUCCAGAAAAUCUUCCCUCCAGUCCCUGGGAUAAGAGACCCCAUCAAGGACUUCUUUCAUAACAACAGGCUGGUGGACUGGGAAGCCGGCGCAGAGGGCUGGCAAGAGUGCUCAGUGGAAGAAGUGCAGGCUGUGGGGGAGACAUAAGCCCAGGGCGGCCGCGCGGAUGAAUGGAUGUUUAUAGGGGCUGUGGGGGCGGAUCCCAACACCACUCAGCCUGAAAGGGCUGCCUGGGAAUAUGGGACUGUCAUGAUUGAACUGUGUCCCCUAAAAUCUGUUGGAAUCUGAACCCCUAUACCUGUGGAUGUGAUUCCAUUUGGGAACAGGCAUUUCUUUGUUAUGUUAAUGAAGCCCUAUCUGUGUAGGGUGGAUCUUAAAUCAGUCUCUUUUGAGAUAUAAAAAGAGCAGAUUAAGCAGGUCCAGAUGGGGGAGAUAGAUUCCCCAUAAAAUCUCCAAGGAACCAGACUGAGGACUUUGCCCAGAGCCCACAGAGAGAGCCUUCCCCAGAGCCGGCGCUGUGCGCUCGGGACUUGUAGCCUCCCGAGCUGGGGAAAAAUACGUUUCUGUUGGUGAAAGCCACCUAACUGUGGUAUUUCUUUCUUUUUUAAAAAUGUUUAAACACUGUCAACUUCCCCCAUGUUUGUCGCCUUUCCCUUCACCAGUAUUAACUCGUGUCUUCUAUUUAAUUGGUAAGUUUCCUUCCCCUCCCUUGUAACCAUCAAAGAAGUGUUUCUUUUUUUCCUGGGGGUAAAGCUUUGGUUGUUACUUUACAGUAGAGGUCGGAUACAGUAUGUCCUUUUGUGAUUGACUUAUUUCACUCAGCAUAAUGUCCUCCAGAUUCAUCCAUGUUAUGAGAUGCUUCACAGAUUCAUCCUUGUUCGUUAUCAUUUCGUAGUA